CCCAUAUAUUAAAUACAGCUUACGCCACUGUCACUGCUCGGUUGGUCACACUUCACCAAAUGUAUAUGACAAACGGACAGACACUCCCUUGAGCGGACAAGGAAAUUUAUUAUUUCUGCAAUUGUGUUGUACUAACUUUAGCAAAUGAAAGUGUCCCCUGCUGUUGGUCAAUGGAUAUGUUACCGCGACGACCCAGGAAACCAAAGAAAAGGCUUAAUUUGGAAGAGAAAAUGGAAGUGAUCCGGACCCAUGAGCAGAAUAAACUAACGGUGCGGGAUUUGGCGAAAAGAUUUAACAUUGGAAAAACCCAAGCUGCUGAAAUUCUGAAACACAAAGACUCAAUCCGCGAAGGAUUGACAACCGGAGAACUGAAAAUGAGCCAGAUGCGGAGGAAUCCCCUUAGCCAGCAGGGCGCCCAGAUCGACGAGCUGUGCUUUGACUGGUUCUCCAGAGCCAGAGUCGAUAAUAUCGCCAUAUCUGGCGAGAUGGUGCGGGAAAAGGCCAAGCAGAUAGCGGAGGAAGUGGGCCACGACGGAUUCUUGGCCUCGUCCGGAUGGCUGCAGAAAUGGCGAAUCAGGCACAACAUCGCCUACAAUGCCACAGGUGACAGCCUGGAGCUUCAGGAAUUUGAGGCCGUCCUGGUCAAGAGCGAACCCAUCUCGAACAGGGACGAUGAUGAUGAUGAUGAGCCUUCGCCUGUGCAGUUGCUGGGUCCUAUCAUUUCCAUUGACGAGGCCAUGAUUCAGUUGGCUCGCUUGAAGGAGUUCGCCAGAGAUGACUUUGUGUCCUACCAGCAGCUACUCAGCUUAGAGAAUCAGUGGUGCUGGAAGUGGAACAACUUCAAGAAGGAGGUUCCUUGACCUUUGCGAACCGAUGGUUAGUAAUAUUCAAAUUUUUCUCUCGAACCUAGUUUUAUUUUAAACGUGUAAUAUAUAUAUAUUUGAUGUAUCA